UGGUGUAAGCAUUUCCGUGAGGGCCAAAAGAGUACUGAAGAUGACCAGCGUCCAGGUAGCCCUGUCACUGUUUCAACUCCGGAAACAGUGACCAAAAUCAACCAAAUUGUGCGUGCAGAUCAUCGAAUGAGCAUCCAAAUGGUUUCUGAAGCUGUAAACGCUGAUAAAAAAACGGUUAGAAAAAUUUUACACGAGGAAUUACACAUGACAAAAGUCUGUGCGAAGUUGGUGCCAAAAAAUCUGACUCCUGACCAAAAGCUCUUGCGUCAACCGGUCUGCUCAGAUUUCCUUGAAAGGUUAAAAGAAGAUCCCGGACUGAUGAAAAAUAUUAUUACUUGCGACGAAACGUGGAUUUUUCAAUACGAUGUUGGAACAAAGCGGCAAUCGAUGCAUAGGGAGACACUUGAAUCGCCCAGAAUCAAAAGA